GGAGUAUUUAUACUGCGUCACUUCCUCCUAGCGCCCUCUUUUUCACCGUGUGGUCAGAUUUCCAUACGGCGUUGUUUCGUGGUGAGUUAAAAUGUUAAAUUCUUCUAGUAAUACAUCCUCUUAAUGAGACCAAAAAUACCAAUUUACCAUGAAAGAAACAUAAAUUACACUACAGGACUGUAAAAACGCGAGAUCCUCUCUCAGUAUCGACUUAUUUUCCACAAGAUAGGUAAUGCUAAUGGCUAAAGCUAUCGUGCUAGCGUUGUACACGCGCUCUCACAGUGUGGUCCUCAAAGCGCCUGACUGAAAAUACGAAGACGAGUUGAAUUUAGUGUCUUACAGGGAUGUUUGAAUUACCAAACCGCACUACCAACAUGCGUGUCAGGAUUAUAUUGUACCGAAUCAGUUGGAGCUCUCUGGAAAGUUUGGACAUGACAGGGACGCGUGUAGUCCAGCUCAUGUCGCUCAUGCCUCGGACUCAUUCAGAGUGUGAAUCAGGACACUCCAGCCCCGAUGAGAUGUCAAUCUAAAUAUGAAAAUGUAAUAAUAAUGUUCAGUUACACCGAAAACCAAACACUUUAUGCAUUAUCUCAGCACUAGUCUGAUAAAUAAACUAUGUUCUGUAAAUUCUGUACAGAUGCUAAUGUGACACAUGCACACAUCUUGUUUCAACCAAAAGUUCUGUUUUUUCUUUUUCUUUUUUUUUAUCUAAUUCUGCUGCUGUCUUAUCUUACCUUUUUGUCUCGCCUUCAAUUCCCCAGCUCUCCCACUAACUCGUAACGCAGGGAAAGCGGUCACGAUGUCCGGAGGUCUAGAUGUCCUUCAAAUGAAGGAGGAGGAUGUGCUGAAGUUCCUCGCCGCAGGAACCCACCUGGGAGGUACCAACUUGGACUUCCAGAUGGAGCAGUACAUCUACAAGAGAAAAAGCGACGGUGAGCAAAGGGAGAUUUUCUGAUCAGGUUAACAUGUUAUUCUAAAAGUUGUGUAGUUUGAACUCUGUUGUAUAGUUGCAGCUUUUUCCUGACUCUCAGUUUGCAGGCUUGAGAUGGUUAUAUAGGAAUACUAUAUGCACAUACAGGAACUCUGUUAACAAGGCUCCUAACUGAAGGCCUAAUUAAUGUAUCAUCUUAAAGCUGUAAGAGGAUGUAUGUAUCGCAUUUCCCUUCAGGGAUGAAUACAGUUAUUCUUAUGGAUUGUUAUCUGUUGUGAAAAAAGUCAAUACUAAAUUGCACCAACCAGUAGUUUGGACACACUUAUGACCACAGCUAUCUCGUUUUGGGUUCACAGCACAAAGCCAAUCACAGAAGUCAAACUCGGGGUGUUUUGAGGGAAGUUUGAGAGAGUCAUUAUGUUAAAGCCAACAUUUCAUCCAUGUAGUCCUUAGAAAUGGUCUUAACCAGAACAUAAGUUGUUUUUACUAUUUUUUUCCAGUUUGGCUCUAGCUCAUGUUUAAUCAUGUAUGAAAUUUUCAUUGUUUAAAUUUCAAGGGAGAUUUCCUGUAGACUUGGAGCUAAGUCAUUCUGGUACCGCUACAUAUGUAAAAUUCAUAAAAUAGUUUUCCUAACAGAAUAUUGAAGUGCCCCUUCCAUCCUUGAAGGAAAGGUUUUACAUAUGACGAAUUGAUGUGAAACAAGACUGUUAGUGCUCAUGCUGUUUAUGUCUUGUCUCAAUGUUCAGGUGUGUACAUCAUCAACCUGAAGAAGACCUGGGAGAAGCUGCUGCUGGCUGCCAGGGCCAUUGUUGCCAUUGAAAAUCCAGCUGAUGUGUGCGUCAUCUCCUCCAGGAACACUGGACAGGUAAAGUCACUGAUAUUCUGGGACUGUCAUACUGUAGAUUGUUGUUAUAGAGGGUGUAUAUAUAUAUAUACUAUAAUGUGGUAAGCACACUGUUAAAGCCGAGCACUGAUGUCGGUGUAUCGGUGUCGGAAGUGUGCAAGAGUGAGUGUGCCGGGUUUUCGCUAACACCAUGAGGACGGCUGUCCCAUGACUGGGGUUUGAUAGUGACCUGAGCCACAGAUCAACUUAGUAACAGAAAAUCAACAGACUUCGAGUUUCCCUCAGUGUAACAUGUUUCUCCUCCUAACUCUAGAGAGCUGUGCUGAAGUUCGCCUCUGCCACCGGUGCCACAACCUUCCAUGGUCGCUUCACCCCUGGUACAUUCACCAAUCAGAUCCAGGCAGCUUUCAGGGAGCCCCGCCUCCUGAUUGUGACAGAUCCUCGUGCUGACCAUCAGCCACUGACUGAGGCUUCCUACGUCAACAUCCCCACCAUUGCCCUGUGCAACACCGACUCCCCACUGAGAUACGUGGACAUUUCCAUCCCCUGUAACAACAAGGUGAGACUAACUGAAGAAGUAACAUGUUGAGCUGAUGUAGAACACUGAGUGUUCGGAUCAGAUGGCACACUGUUAGAGCCCGGCACUAUCCUGUCUGUGCAGUGUUGGGUGUAGGAUGUGUGCUAGAUAAACACGCUGGCCUCUCGCUUCCACUCUCUGAUCUCAGGUUGAGGUUGAAGAGGUCCUGCCACAUAAAGCUGAACUGUUUCAUUGAUCUUGAUUCUUCUCGAUGUGAUCAUUAUUAAAUCUAAAUGCUUCAUUUGUAUUAUCUUACAGGGUCACCACUCUGUUGGUCUGAUGUGGUGGAUGUUGGCUAGAGAGGUUCUCAGGAUGAGAGGAACCAUCUCAAGGGAGCACCCAUGGGAGGUCAUGCCUGAUCUGUACUUCUACAGGGACCCUGAGGAGGUAAAACUAACGGAGUCCAUCUUUUGGGGAGGUUGUGUGCAUUGUUACGAGUCAUCGUGCACAUUCUGACAUUUUCUUUUUCUGCAGAUUGAGAAGGAGGAGCAGGCUGCAGCUGAGAAGGCUGUUGGAAAGGAGGAGUUCCAGGGUGAAUGGAGCGCUCCUGCUGCUGAGUUUGCUCAGCCUGAAGUGGCCGACUGGUCUGAGGGUGUGGCUGUUCCAUCCGUGCCCAUCCAGCAGUUCCCUGCAGGUAAGCUCACUUGUUUUUCUUUGCCUGUACAGAACUAUAUUGCAUUCAUUCUGCAUUCCAGUUUUGAACAAAAUUAAUGUCUUCUCUUUUUUUCCCUUUCUAGCUCCAGCUGUCAAGACAGGUGAGUUAUUUUCCGUUUAGUUUAUAAAAAGCUUCAGUAUUACACAACUUCCCCUGUGUUCUUAACACCAAGUGUGCUUUUUUUUUCUUGCAGAGGACUGGAGCACUCAGCCUGCCACAGAGGACUGGUCCACUGCCCCCACUGCCCAGGCUUCCGACUGGGGUGGCGCCACCGCUGAUUGGUCUUAAAUUGCUGACUUUGGCAACAAUAAAAGUGUUUUUCUACACUUGGAAUUUGA